AUGGCCUUGUUCGAGGAAGAGGUGGAAGAUAAAGAUCAGGAUAAGUGGAUCGUGUGGUUCAAUGGCACGUCCAAUGCCCUAGGCCAUGGAGUUGGGGCAGUUUUGGUCACUCCCGACAAUCAAUGCAUACUCUUCACAACAAGGUUGGGUUUCGAUUGUACAAAUAACAUGGCUGAAUACGAGGCAUGCGCUCUCAAAAUCCAAGUGGCAAUUGAAUUCAACGUCAAAUUGCUCAAAGUAUAUGGAGACUCAGCCUUGGUGAUCCAUCAAUUGAGAGGAGAAUGGGAGAUCAGGGAUAAAAAAUUGAUACCCUAUCAGGCCUACAUCAAGAAACUGAUGGAGUUCUUCGAUGAUAUCUCCUUCCACCACAUUCCCAGAAAGAAGAAUCAAAUGGCCGAUGUGCUCGUCACUUUAGCAUCCAUGUUUCAGCUAACCCCGCACGGGGACUUGCCAUACAUCGAGUUCAGAUGUCAUGGAAAGCCCACACAUUGCUGCUUGAUAGAAGAAGAGCAAGAUGGCAAAUCAUGGUACUUCAACAUUAAGCGAUACAUCGAGGAUAAGGAGUACCUAGGGAGGCUUCUGACAACGACAAGAGGACUUUGCGAAGAUUAG